CCCACUGGUCCUCGGCUUUCCAACAACCAUUCUUCUCUUCUACAUCUAACACCACAAACACCGCUUUCAUCUUUUAAGAUCUCAAAGCCACUCACGCAAUACUUCGGAUAGCCAUCAGUCACCAUGAAAUCACAUCAGACUCCGACUGCAACACGACAAUCCGCCGUCCGGAUAUUCGCCCGCCAUCCGAGGCUCACCAUCAGCGGUUUUAUGCUGCUCGGCAUAGCGUACGGCAUCCGCCAUCGUGCGAGGACGCUGCGCAACAACGAGCAGAAGCAGCUGAAUCGGGAGGGGUCACAAUAUGUCACUGUCGAGCGCAGCGGCGGGGGCGUAUAAGGCCAUGGCGAUUAUCUCUGGUCAAUUUACACCAAACCCACGGCACCGGCCCGGCCCGCACACGAACCGGGUGACCCUCUUCAGGAUCCCUAGGGUCGCCGUAUUCUAUCCUCUUAAGAGCGGCAGAGGGAAAGCGAAGCAUGCAUAAUC